AUGGCAAAAGACCUCUCCCAAGAGUUUGGCGCCCACGUCACCGUCGUCGCGUUCUCCCCCACUAGUGAGCCCAAAGCCUACGGAGCACCCACCGCCGACUCCUUCCUCUGCACCUACCUCCCCGAGAUCCAUAGCUCGUCGUCUCCAGCUUGUUCUAAAACAGCGGGGGAGGCCGCCGCCAUGGUUGAUAGAAUGAAGCAGAAGGUGGAGGAGACCGCUUUCCUGGUUGAGGUGGAAAGGGCGCGUCAGGCUGUCGCAUGGUCGAAGAUCUUGGCGGCUCAGAUGAGCGCGGGGAAACAGAACUGGUGGGAGGUGGACGUGGAAGCUCUCGGGGCGGACGAGCUGCCAGUGUUUGUCAGGGCAUUGGAGGUGCUAAGGACCGAUGUCCAACGCCACCUUGAUGCAAUGGAAUCAUCCCGGAAGGAGAAGAUGCAACCUUAA